CUUUAUUAUAUAUAGUGUAAUCUACGGAUUAUUUAUAUUUAUCUUGUUCCAAUACAAUGAUCAAAAACGAUGAAAAACGCAGAAAUUAAAUUGAUGAAAGUUUUGAAAAUAAUAUCCAAAAUGUUUUCUAAUUCAGACGAUAGUGCCAAUAUAUUUUCUGUGAGAGAAGUUCCCAUGCAUUCCAGACAGGAAACACCGCAUGACGCAGAUAUCGAUGUUUCUGUCUCUGGAAACUGUUCGAGAAACAUGGGUAUCCAGCAUGAAAAUCAAAGUUGUGUUUCUUCACAUGGACAUAAAGACGUAAGUUCCUUAGAACAGGCAAAUGUGGGUGAACCACUGAACAGUGGGAGAAGGGCCAGUAAUACAGAUGUAAACAGGGGAGGUUCCAAAGGUAAAAUAUGAUUUCAAAACAGCUAUUCUUAGAAUAUAUAUAUAGCUUGAGAUUUACAAAAUAUCUUCAUGAAAUAAAAACUGGUAUAUCAUCUUGAAAUCUUAAAAUCUUAAAUCAAUACUAU